AUGGCAACCAAAGAGCCAAUGCUAGACAGAUGCUGUUGCUUCUCUUUAAGAUCUGGUGGAUUAGUAUUGGGAUGGCUUGCUAUAGUUAUUGGAUUUGGUGGAUGUAUAAUCACAACUGGAUUUCUGUUUAAUAAGUUAUAUGAAUAUUCAAAUGAUGAUUCAAUAAACUUAUACGCUUUACGAUUCAGGGAACGUGUGCUGAAAUCAAAUUUUGUUUCGCUCUCAAUGUGGCUAGCAUUUGUGCUCUUAAUUCAUGGAAUUUCUGGAGUUUUGCUUGUUGUUGGAAUCAAACAAAAUCGUCAUAUGAAAAUGAUGAUGUACAUGGUCUUAAGAAUCAUCGAAACAAUCUACUUGAUAUAUUUGCUAUUCUCAUACGGACAAUAUGCAAAGAAUAUUAUAAAAGAAGUAGCUUACAUAUGCCUCAAUGUGUACUAUUAUUUUGUUGUGUACAGCCUUUAUGUGAAGAUCAAAACUGAAAAUAUGCAGCCGCAAUUGGCUACCACACUAGCUUAA